UACACUUUGGCAACAUUGUUUUUGAAACCGCGAAAUAACCAUCUUUUUGUGUUGUUUAUUUUUAUUAAUUUCUAUAAUAAACAAUUUAACAGCUAUAAACUACAACAAACCAUAUUUUUAUUCAUUUAUAAUGUAUAACAGAGAUGAUACAGCUAAAGAAUUAAGUUAUUUUCAAGAAACUCUAAAAGAAACAGGGGUUACAGUAUCGUUUGAUGAAGAAUCCACAUACUUAAAUCAAGAACAGGCAAUUGUAGUCAGGGACUUGGAAAAUUUAUUAAAAUAUCCUAAUUCUAAUCAGCAACAAUUUGUUCGUGAAUUAAAAAUAUUUUUUAAGGAUGAAGAGUAUCUACGCAAAUCUUUUGUACCAACUAUUUUAAAGAAGCCUGACAGCCAAGAUACCUUGCAAAAUCAUCAAGAAAGCUUGAUUAGGUUACUUUUAAAAGUUAACAGCUUGCAAAAGGAAGUCAUUAAUGUGAUUUUGGAAGAAAUUACGAAAGAUGCCACAGAAGAACAUGAAGAUACAUCAUGGCUACGCUUGUUAAUAAACUCUUUAAGAUAUUUGCCAUACAUCAAUGAACCAAGGAAUCUUACAGUAAAAUUACUGGAUAUAUUGGAAAUAUCCGGCCUAGCAUCCCAAUUAGAAAUAUUGGAUUCAAUACCAGACAUUAUUCCAGACAGCCAAUAUUAUGAAACAGCUGAACAACUAGGUAAACUUUUGGAUUUAGGCGACGACAAUCUUUCAGGAGCGAUUAUUGAUUGUCUCAAUGCUCUUAAUUUGGAUUCAACUAUAAGAGCACAAGUACAAGACAAAAUAUUGUCAAAUAUUAUUGCUGGCCCUUCUUUAAAAAUAUUUCCGGUAUUACUAGAGUUUUUAAUGGCAGACACUAAGAUACAAAACAAUUUUCAAACCUUUAUUAAAAUAAGAAACUCGUUGGAUACAUUAAUGAUGUCAGUUGAUAGUGAAAAAGACUCUAACAAAAUAGUAAUUUUUAGUAAAUUACAAAUGUAUUGUAGAACAUCAAAAAUUAUAUCUGAGGCUUGGAUUAACACAAUUUCUGGAAUUAAAAACCCAGCUGAUCAUAAACCUGUAGAUUUAUUAAUUUUGUUUAUGUUGCAUGCUACUUCUAAGCUAAAAAACAAAAGCAUAGAAACUCUAAUGAGAAAAAAGGUCACCACAGGUUUCUUUAAAAUUAACCAUCUAGAUAGAUUGUUUGAUGAAUUUAUGCCUCAACAGUUACUAAAGGAAUAUUUUACUACAAUGGUAGAAAUUGGUUGUAAUUUACUUAGAUUAACUCAAGUACCAGAAGUGGUUGAAUUUGCUAUGGCUUUGUUUAAAAUCCUGUUUGCUCAUAGCUACACAGAAAUUGUUUAUCGCAAAGAACUUUUGGAUAAUUUAAUACUACUAACUGGUUUCACAAAAUCAGAUACUGUGGAAAUUGUGUUGAAAUUGCUUUCAGAAUUUUUAAACGAUUUCAAAAAAAUGCAACAGCAUACUGUUCUGCUAAUGCUUUUGCUGGAAAAACUCGAUACCUUCGAGUUAAAAGAUGUUAAACAAGUGUUUGAAAUUUUAUGCACACUAACAUGUGGCGAGAAAGCUGAAGAGUGUAUGAGCGGUUUGAAGGACGAAAUUCACAUUUUAGUGAGAAAACAAUUAUCAAGCUCAAAAAGGAAUAUAAAGCAUAGAGGUAUAAUAUCAGCGGUUGUGAUGGCAAAACAUUUGGCAACGACCAAUAAAGAACCCAGCGAAAUUGGCGAAGAAUCCGUCAUUUCAAUUGCUAGUUUGCCGCAAGGAAACACCAGAGACGCAGCGUGUCUCUUGGAGUUGUCGUGUACUAGUUGCGCAAAUUGCCCAGAACUAAUGGGGUUGUAUUACGACCAAUUGGCAUCGAUGUUGAUGACUACCCAGUAUCUAGAUAAAUAUUUUAUGGGUUGGUUGUAUGAAACUAUAACGCACAAUUUCCAGACUAUUUUUAUUACUGAAACUCUACCCGAAAGCACAAUGGAUUUAGAAUUUUCUAUGCAAUACGAACUUAAUAGCAAAGAAGAUCUAUCUUUGGGAGUAAAUAUCGGCGGUUUGACCGUAGAUCCAAAAAAUUCCCAUAAAAAUUACAUACUUUUAUUAGCACCGCAUUUUAGACUUCUUAGAUUACUUCACUACAGGCAACACGAUGGAGAUUUAUCUUCAAUAGAUGCCCUAUUAGGCAGCGCAGUGAUUCUUCCUAAAUUCCAAAAACUCGACGAUCUCGAAUACGAUCAAUUGCGUCACACCGCAAAUUGUAUAUUUCAUUGCGUGAAUUGGUUUAGAGAAGUAAUAAGCGCGUUUGUAACACAAGAUUGUACAUCUGUGCGACUCAAAGUUAUUAAGAGGUUAAGAAAUUUAAUUGAAGUGGAAGAUCUUUUAUACUAUAGCAUGCAAAGAUUGACUGAUCAUAGAUUGCCUGUUUGUUAUUUUGAUUCUUUGUCGCAAGUAACGAAACAGAAUUUAUCACUUAAAGAAGGUAAAAGUGCGAAAAAUCCACGAAAAAAAUUAAAAACUAAUAAUGAUGUUAACGAAACUACUAUUGCAUCCACACCUGGUACAUCAGCUGUAAAAACUAAAGCCAGCAAAAAACAAAUGAAAAAUAUCACUGUUCAGCACAGCAUAGUAUUUAGAGAAGUAGACACAGAUCUAGUAAAACUACUUAAAUAUCCAUUAGAUAUCACUGACUCAAGUGAAUCGCAGAGCACCACUUUAAAUAUACAUCAACUUAAAUUCAUAUUAAAAGAUUUUGUAAUGAAAAUGGGCGUAUUAACUAAAGGCAAAGAAAAAGGCCUUUCACAUUUAAAUGUUGUCACUCCAAUAAGCAUAAUAACAGAUUGCGUUUGCAUUCUUCCCAAACUUGAUAUGCAUUUGCAAGUAAUCAUAAAGGAAGUUGUUAAAUUGUUGGACAAAACCGAUUGGAGACAUGAUUUACCGCCUUUAUACACCAAAGAGGCGCUUGAACUAAGAACAUGUUUCGGUUUAAUAGUUGAAAUUUUUUAUUACACAUUUAGCUGGUCUGGUUUUCAAAACUCCAAAAAUUUCGAUCUUCUGCGAAAAAUAUUAAAAUCGUUGUUGACCGGACAAUCUCAAAAUCUGAAUUCAGCAAACCGACUUAUUAUGGAUUUAAUCAAAAAAUUAUCUGGAUACAUUGACAAAUGUUUAGAUAUUACACAUGGUAUGUAUUUACUACAAACUAUGGAAUCAUUGUAUGCUACUACAGUUACAAGUCCUGAUAUACAGAAGAUAAUUGUAUCAACCAGCUCAAGAUUAUUAGGUGUAAGGUGGUACAGCUCAAAGUCAAGUUUGCAUAUUGGUAAAACUGCUAAUUUUGGAAUUGAAAUUUUUAUAAAAGUUUACCUAAAAAAUGCCAACCUUAAAACGCUAUCGGGAAUUGUGGGAUCCUUGCAGGAACAAUGCGUUUUAUUGAGAACUAAAGAAGAUUGUUUACAUAUGCUGGCCAGUAUUGAUAAACAUAAUUUCCAUUUAUUUUACUCAGGAGUUUGUACAGCUCUUCAUAACAGAGUCAAAUCGGAUGUACUAUCUUUAACCAAUGAUGAACAUUUGGUAUUAUGGAAAACAACAGCCAUGACCAUGCAAGGUUUAAUGUCGAUAGCUAAAACACAUGAAUCUAAAACCAACUUAACUAGUUUUCUUAAAAAGUCUAUUGCAAUACUUAAGAUAUUUUUGUCGCAUGGUAUACCAAUAUUGGAAAUAAUGCUAAGACAUAAUCCUGAUGACGUAUUAUCUAUAUUCAAAUCAAUACAAACUAAUACCAGGUUUUUACAUCAUUUAUGUUGUUAUUCCAAAGUAACCAAAGAUACAGGAAUAAUGUCUUAUGUGCCUCAAUUUAGACUUACCCUUGAAACAUUAAUAUACAGGGUAAAAGCAGCAUUGGUUGCUAAUAAUUGUUCGGCCGCCUUCUGGAUGGGAAAUCUGCGAAACAGGGACUUACAAGGCGACGAUAUUUUAACUCAAAGCACCGUAGUAUCGGAAGAAAACGAUAAGAAUGACAAUGAAGACCAAGAAAUGGAGGAGUUGCCAGAAGAUGAAAGUCAUUCAGAUGCUUCAGAUGAUGAGCCAAGAUCCGAAAGCGAAGUCUUUGAUUGAUAAGACUUACCUUUCUGGUUGAUUGUGAUUUAUGAUGAUACCUUUUUUAAGAAAAAUUUCAUAAUCCACAUAAAACUUUUCGUAUUUCGCCUGAUUUUUUGUGAGCUGAUACAACAAAAAUUUAUCCGUUUUUUGUAACAUUUUGGUAAUAAUAAUGUUUGAUAUUAAAAAA